UAGCCGCUGCAGAGAACCAAUCAGUCACUCUGAGCAGUUCCAGCAGUCAUGUGUGACAGGAUGAUGCGUAAAGGACAAAGGAAAAGCGCUGCGCUUUACUUAGCUGCAGCUGUUCUUAUGACGUGUUGUUUGACACAAACGAUCGACUGCUAUCGACUGAGGAAAAAAGAAAGACGAGAAGGGCGAGAAGAAUCUGACUUAACCAAAGUGACUGAUGUUCAAGAGGGAAGAAUUAUUUUUGGGAGCGUCUUUAAGAAAGCUACUGGCGUUAAUGUUCCAGUAAGUGGUGAAACCAAGAAGCCCUCAAACGCUUCAUCAGAAGAUGACGCUUCUUAUCAAGCGGACUCUCCAGGCUGGUCUGGAGGUGACGUUCAGCAUCGGAGUUCCAGAGAAGCUGCGUGGAAGCGCAUGUCUCCCUCUCUGCUGUGUGGGGGGGACCAGUUGAAAUUCAGUGCAGAGGGACUAGGGGCCUCUCAGUUUGCAGUGGAAAAGGGAAAUGAACCCCCAAUCCCUCUGUCACAAGUCCCUCAAUCAUGUGGCUACGGCAUGCAGAAGAACUCCCUCGGGCUCAUCCUGUUGGUUCCUUACGACGGCUGCAACAUGGUUGUUGAGGAUGGACGUUAUGUGCUCCCGUUGCGUUGGCAUGGAAUUCCAGUCUCUCUCUUGUGUCAUAAACUUGCGUCUGCCUCAACUGCUGCCCCUGAAAAACCACAACCUCCUACACCCUGGAACUCUCCAUCAUAUCCUUUAGUGCCAAUGCCCAAUGGGCAGAAUCCCCAGAUGCCACCGCCCAAUGGGCAGAAGCCACAGCCCCCUGUGAUAUACCCCCAAAUACCAACACCAGAUGUAAUGUACCCUCAGAUGCAACCACCCCAUGUGAGGCACCCCCAAAUGGUCCUGCCCCAUUUAAUAUACUCCCAGAUGCUGCCAGAGGGGAUGCCACCUCUGACACAGGAAGAUAUACCUCAGACGCCCCUGAAGUUUGGCCUGGAUAUGCCCCUGAUGGAGGACGAUGUACCUCUGGUGCCCUUGGAGAUGCCCCUGAUUCCCCGGAUGCCCCGAAUGCAUAGUGACCAAAAUGGAUUGCCCCCCAAAAUCCCUCAGUCUUACUUCUUUCUACCGUAUGCUAAUUACCCAUCAGUACCAGAACCUUCAAGAGCCCCCAUUGCAACAACUGCAGAGAAACCAGAAAUGCCUAAACGUCCUCUAUACCCCCCUUUCUACCAUCCUUAUUAUUCUAAUUUUCCUCGCCCUGUUCCAGUCACAUUGGCACCAACUGCCACAGCAAAGCCAGCACCCAGAGUUCCACAAAUGUUUCCUUUUCCCAUGCACCCUUCCUUUCCUUGGUCUGGUUUGCCUCCGCAACCAACUGAAAAACCCACUCUUCCUGCAACUAAACCUCAGCCACAGUAUUUUCCUUUUCCGCAUUCCUAUGAAUAUUCAGCUCCGAAGCCAGAAACGACAACGACCAAACCGCAGUUUGCAUAUAUGCCUUUUCCAUACCAAUCUUUCCCCCCUAGAAUGGUGCGCCCCCAUCCUGCAACAAUGAUAAAGAACUGAUUCCCCACUGCCCAAAUCUUCUCAUCCACAACCUCUGUAUCCUGUUAUGCAUAAUCUCUCCCAUUGAUGACUAGGCUGCGCAAACUGUUCAAAUAAAUGCUUUAAAUAAAGUUAUCCUGCCAAUUAUGGCCAUUUUAUCUUCUUGAAUAUUAUUUUUUUCUUUGUUGCAGUUUACAUUUCCCAUGAUGCAAAGU